AUGCAAAGCUUGGAUGCACGCAAGGAUGGUUCUUUGCUCCUCUUGUUCACCCUUCGUCCAAGUAAGUUUGCGUUUUUGUCCAAUUGGAAUGUAGCUCAACUUGCCAACAUCAAGAUCAUGAAAAGACAUGGUGAUUGGCAAGAUCUCUGUAUUCCCAACAGCAUCAGGUCCAUUGUAUGUCUCAACUUACCUAGCUUCUCCGGUGGACUAAAUCCUUGGGGAACACCAAAUAUAAACAAAAGACGCGAUAGAGACUUGACGCCACCCCUUGUCGAUGAUGGCCUUCUGGAGAUUGUUGGUUUUAAAAAUGCUUGGCAUGGACUGAUUCUGCUUGCUCCUAAUGGACGUGGGACUCGUCUUGCACAGGGUGCGGCUGAUCACACCUACAUGAGGAUUGAUGGGGAACCAUGGAAACAACCACUUCCUGUGGAUGAUGACACUGUUGUCGUAGAGAUUUCUCAUCUCGACCAAGUGAAGAUGCUUGCUACCUACUACUGCAGAUCCAGAAGUGUUCACGACCCCUCGUCUCACAACAUUCAGGACGCAGAUGAAAGGGAUAGCGACAAUGAAGACGAGUCCGUAGGAGGAGAAUGGAGAAAAUUCGGUGCAGCAGAUACAUUCAAGGUUCCAGAUGAGGUUGACAUUUCUCAUCUCAGUUAA